AAUCCUUUGGACAACGGAAUAUGGACUUUAAAUGACACUAAUGUGAUCAAAAAACAGCAUAAUUUAUUAUUCCAGUCAGAUCGAUUAAAAGCCCGCAUUCUGUAUCGUCAUGUAAAGAAAUUUAUUUUUAGAAUUCCUGGUUUUCACUUGGAGACGACUUUGGUGUUUCUAGAACCGUCUCACCGAGACGAAUCUAAUG